AUGGCUGCUUUUGCGCUCGUCUCAGAGAACUUUAAGUUUGUCUCCCUCUUCUUCAAGAGCAAAGAUGUGAUGAUCUUCAAUGGUCUGAUCGCUCUGGGCACUGUGGCCAGCCAGACUAUGUACAGUGUUUUUGCUUUUAAUUGCCCAUGUUCCUCUGGGAGGAACUACCGCUACGGCCUGGCUGCCAUCGGUGUCCCUGCACUAGCAUUUUUCCUCAUAGGAGUAACCAUGAACAAGAGCACCUGGGACCUGGUGUCUGAGUGCCGCCUCAGAAAUUGCCGGAAACUUUCAGGGGCCGCGGCCUUUGCGCUGUUGGGAACCAUCAUUGGUCGGGCCGUGGUCGCACCAGUAACAUGGGUGGUCAUCUCUCUGCUGCAAGGCGAGGCCUACACAUGUGCCUUCAGUGAAUUUGUCAACCCCAGCACCUUGAAGGGCUUCUCAAUAGACAGUUCCAAGGUCAUAGCAAAGUUCCCUUGUCAAGGAAACGUUUCGAUGGAGCUGAAGGGCCUCUGGGCAGAAAUUGAGCGGCAGCUGAAAUACGAAUCUCAGCUGAUGGGCUGGAUGCUGGUGGCAGGAAUGGCCCUGCUCGUGUUCCUCAUGCUGUGCGUGAAGCGCUGCUGCUCUCCCCUCGGAUACCAACAGGAGGACUACUGGUCCCAGUACCGCUCCAGUGAGCAGGCCCUCUUUGAACAGACGGCCGCUGCCCACGCCCGCCUCCUGGCUGCCGAGAAUGUCAAGAGCUUCUUUGGCUUUGUGGCACUGGACAAGGAGGAGAAGGAGCAGCUUGCAGAGUACCAGAGUGCCAGUCCCAUCUCCAGCGUGGAAUGGAACCGGAUAACUGGCGUCUACCUCUACAGAGAGAAGAAAGGACUGCCCCUGUACAGCAGGCUCAACAAGUGGGCGAAGUACAGCCUGGAGAAUAACACUGAGGCCAUGGAGAAAGAGAUGGAUGUGAUUAGUUGA